CAGUCAGUUGGCUUGUCUGACGCUAAAGAGCAAGUCUACUAUAGUCUCCCCUCUCUCGGGAUUUGUUUUGAGAGAAAGCGCGUUGUUUCUGUAAGGCAAAAGAAAACAUGUGUGUAUAUUGGUCAUUUUGAAUGCGCUUGGAGAAAGUUACAUUUGACUAUUUUCUUGCAAAAACGCGGACACAGUGUGACAAUGUUGACCAGCAGACUGGGUUAUCCAUGACGGAUUGGUAAAGAACUGUUCAUUAAUCAAGGAAAAAGGGACGGUGAAAUGGGGAAACUUCAGUCCAAACAUGCCGGCAAACGUAGAGAGAACCCCGAAGGAGACAGUUUUGUUGUGAACGCUUUCCUCCGAAGAGCGAUGGAAGAAUGUGAGAGAUACAGCUCCUCAGAUCACAAACUGAACAACAUUCAGGAGUUUCCACAUAGUGAGCUGAAGGAGAGACAGCUCUUAGACCAUCACUGUCCCCUAGAGGUGGUUCUCCCUCCAGAGAAGGCUGCUGAGGGCUGUGACAGUUACCUGCAGUACCCCCACACAGACCCAGGGCCAGACAGGCAGCUACUGAGAGGAGGGGACGCAGGCAAAGCCUCUGGGAAGAAACGCAUCAGCCUGGAUGACCUAGAGUGUGACGUAUCAGUGGAGGAAGAUAAUCGUCAGGAAUGGAUCUUCACCCUCUAUGACUUUGACAACAGUGGCAAAGUUACUAAAGAGGACAUGUCCAGUCUGAUGCACACCAUCUAUGAUGUGGUGGACGCCUCGGUCAAUCACUCGUCCUGCCACAGUAAGAGGAAGACCCUACGGGUCAAACUGACCGUCACACCAGAGCCCGGUGCUCGCAGGAGAGACCCCAUCUCCACUGGACCAGACCGGGAGUCAGGACGCCUUCACCAGGAGGAGGGACGAUCAGCAGACAGACGGCUUUCUUCUCACAUCAGGCCAGCCCACCCAGGUCAGAGCAGUGAGGGACAGCAUUACUGUGUGGAUGAGAACACUGAGAGGAGGAACCACUAUCUGGACCUAGCUGGUAUAGAGAACUACACCUCCAGGUUUGAAGGAUCCACCCCUCCUCCGCCCCCCCAGGAGACCCAUGUGCAGACCUCCCAGUCCCAGAACCGCUCCCGUUCCCAGGAGCCCGAGGCCCACGCCGCCCACGCCCACCAGCGCCGCUCGCAGGUCAUCAGUGAGAACUACAGCCCUCUAGAAGCCCGGGGUCGGGGCGCGUCACACUUCCUCAAGUCCCCCAAAGGAACAUCUAAAGGAGCCGGCGUCGGAGGGACCAAUGGGGGAAUUGAAAGGGGCAAGUCCAGUAAAUACCACGCUGGGGGGCAUUACCCUCCUCAGCCUCCUCCUCUCCAGACCCUGCUGCAUACAGGGAAUUCCUCAUCUGGGGGUCACGGAGGUCAGGAUGUGUACCACCUCCCCUUCUCCAGCCACCACCAGCACCCUCUGCAGCACAGCCACAGCAAACGGCUCCGGGCCAAAGCCAGGGAGGGUCAGGGCCUGUCCCCGUCCAAAACGCCCCUGUCACCUCACUCCAAUCCCCAGCAUCAGCAUCAGCAUCAGCAGCAUCAGCAGCAGGCUCCCCCACCUCCCCCUUGUCUUGAGAGGGAGAAGGAGAGGGAGCAGGGGUCUGGGUCCUUUGUGUUGCCUCUGGUGCAGCGUCACGAGCACCGCCACCACCACGAACACCACCAUCACCACCACUACCACCACCACCACCAGACAUGACCCAAUAGGACCCCAGUCACAGUAACAGUCAGAGACUGAGAGACCUUUAAAGGACCGACUGACCACACCCGUCUGUCUGAAGAAGGACUCAACCUCCUCACCCAAUGGGAAUGUCUCCGCUUCUGUCCUGAGGCUGCCCAAUCUGAGAUGGCACCCUAUUCCCUAUGUAGUGCACUACUUUUGACCAGAGCCCUAUUGGUUAGCCCUAACUCUAACCCUGUAGACGUUUGCCAAAUGUAGUGCACUAUAUAACAAGGUGCCAUUCACGCAACCCAGGAUCUGAACCCUCCUCCAUUUUGUGCCAGACAGGCUGCCAGAGCCAGACAGUUUCCCUGAGAUAUCCUGGGAUCAGACACACUGAUGGAAACUGGAGUGUGGCUGACUUGACUGCUGUGGGUAUUCCAUUGUAAAGGGUUGCUGAAGACACGGUGGUGCAGUUUUGUAAGACGUUUUCUAUGGCACAGUUCUGAAUCUGAAUCAAAUGAGUUUAAACGUCCUGCUGGACUAAGCUACUCCUCUCUACACAUGGACCAAGCUACUCUACACAUGGACCAAGCUACUCUACACAUGAACCAAGCUACUCUACACAUGGACCAAGCUACUCUACACAUGGACCAAGCCACUCUACACAUGGACCUUCACAAAGGGAGAACAGAUACAGUACAGCUCUAUGUGGACAGAGGUCAGAGGUCAUCAAAAGUGACAUCAUUUCCUCCUUGGUGUUGACCCAUAGAUUUGCUUGUUUCCAGAAGCUAAGUACUGUCUCCUUCGUCCCAAAUGGUACACUAUUCCAUUUUAUAGUGCACUACCUUUGACCAGGGCUCAUAGGGCUCUAGUCUAAAGUAGUGCACUAUUUAGGGAACAGCGUGACAUUUGGGACACUGCCUCUCCGUCAGAGUGGGUUGUGUGUCUUGUGUGUACGAGAGCUUUCCUCCCAACGGUGUAUCUCAGGUGUCAGGUGCUGCUCCUUAGCUGUUCUCUCUACUACUUCCUCAUUGGAACCGGAACCCUGCUGUUGGGCUUCCAGAACCAGAGGAACAAUAUCAAAUCACCACUGCCAGUUUUAAUGCAAAAAAUACCUAGCUAUAAUAAGCAUUCACUUCUAUAUAUGUAUACACAUUUUACUGUAUAAUUAUACUGUAUUUAUAUGCAUGUUAUUUC